AUGAUACUUGAUGGUCAACAACUUAUACCACGUACAAUAUCUGGUUAUCUUGAUUUAUAUACAUCAGUUGGUUUACCAAAUAAUGUUGAUCCACGUACAUUUCUAUUUAAUGUAUCAAAAUUUAACAGUCAAUUACCCCGUAAUGUUUAUCUUUUAUGUGGUGAUACAUCUCUUGAAUUAUUAGGUAAAGCAAUGGAUUUAAAACGUAGUUCAACAACAAUAACUCCAUAUACAAAUGCAUGGCGUACAAUAACACAAAGUUUACGUGUAUUUGUACAGAAAAUAGGUGAACGACGUGGAAUUAAAUUAAUGACAUUUAUUGAUACAAAUUCAUCAUUUAAUAUUGCAACUGAAAUAGCAUUAACAGCGGCUGAUAGGAUUAUUUUACCUGUUAGUGAAGAUCAUUUACAUCGAAAUGGUUUUGAAUAUCUAUUUAGUCUUCUUUAUGGUUUUUCUCAACCGUCCAGUAUAUAUUCUUAUUAUCGUCAUUAUAGUUUUUAUUAUCGUGCCGAGGAAAAUGGUGUUAAAUUACCUAAAAUACAUUUAAUUUUAUGUAAAGCAUCAUCAAUAAAUAAAGAACCAAAAUUAGGUAUUAGUAGUAAUUCAUUACCAAAAGCUGAAGAAAUUGAUAAUUGUUGGCAUUUUGUUUAUGAUAUAUAUACUAAACAUCGUGAUGCAUUUGAAAUUCAUUCAAAUGCAAGAAUGUCACCACGUCCAUCAUUAUCAGCUAGUGAUCAAUAUUCUACAAGUUCAUUUAAUAAUCAUACAAAUAAUUUUAUACCAGCUGAAACAUUUGAAGAAUUUAUGCAUCAAUAUGUUAUGCAUAUUAGUAAUGAAACCAACCUUGUAUCACGUAUUGCUGUUAAAUCGCAUUCACCAUUAUUAGCUUUUAAACACCCUCAUCAUUCACAUGAAUAUCAAUCAAACGCACAAUCUUUUGACAAAACAUUAAACGAUAUUGUCGAACGUAUUUAA